UAGUAGACAUGCUCUUCUACCUCACAUCACGAAUUAUCUGUUCUGUGUCUGCGUUUCUUUACCCUGGAUACGCGUCGUACAAGACACUCAGCCAGCGGCCAGCAUCAGAAGAGGAGCUAGAGCGAUGGCUUAUGUACUGGUCGGUGCUGGGAUGCAUUGUCGCGGUUGAAUACAUUGCCGAGUGGCUGAUCUCAUGGAUCCCGUUUUAUUACCUCACAAAGACCCUCUUUCUCCUCUACCUUUCUCUUCCCCAGACCCAGGGUUCCACGUAUCUCUAUAUCAACCAUCUAGAGCCGUUCUUCAGCACCCACGAAGCACAGAUUGACGCAACCACGGCAUCCCUGAAAGCAAAAUUGUACGCUUUCAUCCAAUCACGCGCUCGGGCGCUGUGGGACCAGGUUUCGGCGAGUGUGGGACAGCAGUCGUCAUCGGAUUCAGUAGCAGGCGGUGGGCCAGAAGCGCCUCCUCCGUCUCUGAACAAUCCCGUGUCGGGCCCCGCUCAGCUCGUUACGUCGUUCUGGAAGUCGUAUGGGCCCAGCAUCGUUGCAUCAGGUGCAGCUCUUCUGAAACAGGCGGCCCCUGCCCCGACCCCUACCUCGUCGCGGAUUGGGCCGUCCUCGUCAGGGUCGACCACUAGGUCCAUCUUAGAGAGGCGACGCCAACUAGAGGCUGAGCUGGCAGCCCUGCCCAGAGUAGGGGAGCCGAUGCCGUCUGGAUCGCCCCUUUUGAGUCCUUCCCGGGUGUCUUCAGACCAAGACAUGUACCUUCGGGAACAUUCCACGUCGGUGUCGGGGAGAUAUGAGGAGAUAGAAGUGCCGGGCGACGUCGAAGGGUACGAUGUGGGGACGGACAGUGUUGGACACUCGUACGAUUCACGACCUGCUGCUCAGAAGCGGGGAAGCAGCUGGUUCAGCUGGGGCGGCGGUUCUAGCACGUCUGAUUAUGAGAGGGUCAAGAACGAAUGACGGAUGCCCCUCUGUCUGCCAAUGUCCCAUCUGCUAUUUUCCCAUUAGUCAUAAUACUUGGACCAUUACAGGAUAAAGUGCAUCUCUCACUGCACUGUCUGUACCUGUCACUGUAAUUGUAUACAAUAUUGGAUUGCUCGAAUGACUGGGUGUUUCUGCACAGUGUGUUUGCAUAGGAGGAGGUCGACAUGGGAUCGACACACUAUCGACGAUCUCGACGUCGUAAAUCAUCAUGCAGCUACAGGCCGUCGCGUCGUGGCGCUUUUCACUACUCAUCGUACGGAGAACGGCGGACGUAGAGCGAAGAUUCAGUAUUAUUACCCCUCGUUAUACUCCUUCGAGUGUAUUUCAUUUAGAUCUUCCAG